AUGGCUACGCUAACCAGCGAUCUUGGACCUGCCUCUAUUGUAGUUUUGACAGCAGCUAACGGUUAUAUUGUUAAUGGUUUAAAUGACUUCGGAUUUCGAGUUAAUUACGCCCUCGGAAAUAAGUGGGAUUGUUGCCUUCACUGGGAGCGUAGACGCGACUCAUAA